GCGCGUGCGUGUGAGCGUUCGUGUGUGUGCGAGCGCGCGUGUCCGUGCGCGUGCCCGUGCGCGUGAGAGCAGGGUUAGUGUCAGGCCCGGAGCAGAGGGGGUUGGGGAGCUGUGCCAUUGGCUGCUGCGCACCACAGUCAGUCUGGGCUUGUUUUAACAGAACCAGCGCGAUACAAACCGAAAUAAUGAAGUAAAUGAAGCUGAGACUGACACGAGCGCGGCCAUGACGCACUGAAGCCCGCAGCUCCCUCACACUCCCGCAGGAUGGAUGUUCUACUGCCUAUGAGCUCUUUAAGGUGACAGUUUUUCAGAGGGCCGCAGAGAAUGAGCGCUGUGCCUGGGCCUAGAGCUGCUGCUGCGGGGACAGAUCCGCUUUCACAAACCCACAAAAACACGCGCUUUGUGCCACAGGAUCAGGACGCGCUCGUGGAGCUGUGAACAUGGACAGAAACAUGACAACAUGAGUCAGUCUUACAGAGCGGCUCUUAGGGCAGGCUCAGUGUUUGGCCCCGGUCAGCCUGAGCUGAGGCCCCACAAUGGUCUAAUGAGCACGUCCUAUGGAAACCAGUGCGGCACGGUGAAGCGCGGGUCCGACCAACAGACCGGACAAGUGCCCCGUCCGAGCCUCAAACAGCCCUCUGCUCUGGGGUACGCUCAGUCCGGCGGCUCCUACAGCCCUCUCAGGUUACCAGAUCUGAACCCUGUGCUCAGCAGGUCAGAGCUGCAGCAUCAAAACAAACUGUUCUGUGGCACCGAGGCGUCCCCCGUCCAGCGCUCUCCAUCUCCACAUGUCCAGGAUUUCGACUCUUUUGAGGGUCUGCAGGAUUCACACAGACACGUCUUCUCUGACAGCCCCCACAGUCUGGAGCGCUGCUCUCCCAUCUCCAGUGGAUUCUUACAUUUUGGGUCGUCGCUCUUUGACAGCAGCGACUUUAAAGAGGACGAGUCGGGAGAACACAGCAGUAAUGAGGACUUCACGCCUUUCACUUUUUCUCCAAAGUUGUCUGAGGAUCAUUCUGGAAGUGACUCUAGGAACACGAGCAGCUCUGGAGCAGACAGACGAACAUUUAAACCUAUUUUUAACCUGAUGUCCAAAACGAUAUCUGAACUGAACCCCACACUAAGCCCCAGUGCACUGCCCGAAAUCAUCAUUAGAGACGACUGGAGCGUGGGGACAGAGUCUGCGGGUGGAGCAGGAAGCUCUCCACCAGCGGAGCCCCAGGUCUUUUUAUCAAGACCGAAUUCAAAUCCCAACAGCCCCUCAAAAGAGUUAUUCCCCUCGGGCGAGUGUUUGGAGGGAGAUGUGGUGUGGGCAAAGUUCAACAAAAAACCCUGGUGGCCCUGUCAAGUCAUCCGUCAUCCUGUCCAGAGGGUCCACACCAAGAUGAAGGUUCCCAGUCCUCGUCCUUGUCGGAUGUACUUUCUUCAGACCAUAGGAGAAGUUGUAGACUUUGCUUGGAUCCCGGAGACUGUGGUUGUCCCUUUUGAAAAUGGUCAUCAGUUUGAAGAUAAUCUGGUUCUUAAAAGAAGAGGAAAACAGAAGGAGAAAGAUUACAAGUAUAAGAUCCCUAAACACUAUCAGAGUGAUUGGGAGUCCAGUGUGUCUAAAGCUGAGGAGCUGUUUCACGGCGUAAAACAGAACCGACCCACAUCUCCAAAUGGUGAAGUCUCGUCUCUCAGCCCUGGACUUCAGUCUGUGGAGCAGCUUCUGUCUCACGAUCGUCCGCUCUCCUCUGGCCCGGUGGAGCACAGAGAACAUAAAAGACAUCACAGUAACAAUCCUUUACAAAAUGGAUUAGCAAACAAAAGGAAAAAGAAACGCCUCUCAGACAUUUUUGGACAUAUCGUUGGCGGCUCGAAGGAACAGACGUUUUCAACAGGAGGGCCGCUGAAGGACGAGGACUCCCCGUACGCCGACCUGGAUUCGGUCCCGAUUCUGCACCGUCCAAAACGCACAGAGCUGCCCCAAGAACGCGAGGUGGACCGAGGUUUGGUCAGUCAGAACGUGUCAGCAAAAAAUACAUCGAAGAACUCCAAAAACUCUGUCGAUUCCUCAAACAGUUCAAGUUGUUUGCUAACGCCACAGACUGAACCGACAUCAGGCGGUUUGGAUAUAACCUCCACAUCGAAACAUCUACGCAGUUUUCCAGCCAGCAGCCGAUUGAUGACGAAGGCGCUGAAGGCAGAAGGAGACACGGGUCUAGAUUCACUGAUGACCAGCUUCACCUCCACAGAAGUCCACACUGAACACAACGCAACUGAAACGACUACUGAAGCUUCAACCCCGAGUGAAACGGCUCCUGGGAACUCAUCCUCGCCCGAAACGCAGAGUCCAGUCAAACGGCGAGCGAGGAAGCCAGACAAGAAAAAGAUUCUCAAUGGUUUCUGCAAAGAAUCAAAGCCUCACGAUUCCAGCAUUGAGUCGAUUCCUGAUGUUGAAGUCAAGACUGAAAACGUUUCCUCAGAGAUAUCGUUUUCUCCUCCUCUGUCGCCGAUGGAGGCCUUUCAAAACGUCAAGGAGCUCAAGUUUAAAUCCAUCGCAAAAGAGGAGGAAAAUGCGUCCGAGGAGAGUGCGUUUCGCCCAGAACCGGGUUAUCAGUUCAGCACUUUCCUGAUGCUUCUUAAAGACAUGCACGACACCAGACAGAAGGAGGGGAAGCCGCUGUCUCUCCCGACGUCUCCAGUUCUGAUCAAAGAGGAACCGAUGGCGAUUCCCCCAACGCCAGCGAAAAGCCCCCGUGAAUUUACCACACAAAAUACAUUUACGACUGGGACCAAAUCAGACAGUGACCAGUCCAAAUCACAUAAAAAUAACUGUAUUGUUCAAAGUGACUCGGGUGUGAGCGAAGACGCCUCAGAGAAACAGCGCAGAAAACAAAGGCUGCCCGCUAAGUUGAAAGUUAGCAUCCCCCGCCUCUCCUCGCAUCUUACAAACUUGGCGUACGGGAUACAGUUGGCUAAGAGUCCCUCAAAAUUAAGAGAAGAGACAUUAGAGGUCAAACCGUCAGCAUCAGAAGAGGAAAGGUCAAAGGGCAACAGUCACAAAGAGGUCACAGGGCAGGCUAAAGUGAACGGGUCACAUACAGAUCUGGAUGUGGAGGUUCGUGGUCUCAGAGGCAUAAAAAGCUUGGACACGAGAUUAUCUGGCUCGUCAAACAAGCACCAAAGAAAACCCAGUAAAAGGCGAAUGGCGUCGCCCGAAGAAAUGAACGAAUCAAAAAAGAGGUCAAGACGGAAACUAGCAGAGGAUGAAACUCCCAACACGAGAACGAGUACUUCAGGAAAAACACAACCCUCCGAGGAAACGAAGACGGCAGCUGAACACGAUCUACCUCCUGAAUCUGAUUCCUCACUGCUGCAGAGGAAGAGGCCGAGGAAAGUUUCACACCAGGUCCUUGAAUGCACCAUCGAAGAAGUGUCUCUCGCUUCAACAAAAAAACUGGUUCGGACUGUGAGGAGGGAACUGGCUUUACCCAAAACGCUCCAAAAUGUAAAGACUGAAGAGAAGAAAAUCGCUGCACUCGACUGCCCGUCCAGCCCCGGAUUUAAACCUGUGAAACUGAAAACAGAGACAGAGGCAGCCAGCACUGAAGCAAAAACAACUAUUACCUCUGAAUCUGCCUCCAAAGAUGAGGUGUUGAACAGCAGUCCGUCCUCUCAGGUCGAUGUAAAGGGAAAAGUUGGAGGAGCUUUAAAAGAAAACGUCUGUCAGGUCUGUGAGGAGCCUGGGGAGCUGCUGUUCUGUGAUGGUCACUGUUACGGAGCCUUUCACCUCCAGUGCAUCGGCCUCUCAGCUCCGCCCAGGGAGAAGUUUGUUUGUGGGGAGUGCAAAACCGGGGCCCACACCUGCUUCGUCUGCAAAUCGUCGGGUGAUGGAGUAAAGCGCUGCAUGAUCCCUCUGUGCGGGCGCUUCUAUCACUCCACCUGCAUCAUGGCCUUCUCCGCCACACACCCCAAUAACAAAGGCAUCCGCUGCCCCCUCCACGUGUGUCUGUCCUGCCACAUCUCCAACCCCCUCAACCUCGGAAACUCCAAAGGUCGAUUGCUAAAGUGCGUCCGUUGCCCUGUGGCGUAUCACGCCAACGACAACUGUUUGGCUGCUGGGAGUUUAAUGCUGGCGAACAACAACAUCCUCUGUCCAAACCAUUUCACUCCUCGUAAAGGCAACAGGAACCACGAGCACAUCAACGUGAGCUGGUGCUUCGUCUGCUCUGAAGGAGGAAGUCUUCUGUGCUGUGAGUCGUGUCCUGCUGCGUUUCAUCGAGAGUGUCUGAACAUGGAGAUGCCUCAGGGCAGCUGGUUCUGCAACGACUGUAAAGCGGGAAAAAGACCCCGAAUAAAAGACAUUCUGUGGGUCAAAUGGGGGCGCUACAGAUGGUGGCCGGCUGAAGUCUGCCUCACCAAAGACGUUCCAAACAACAUCGUGAGACAGAGACACGGCGUUGGCGAGUUCCCAGUGCAGUUCUUUGGCUCCAGAGACUUUGUGUGGACGUAUCAGGCUCGAGUGUUCCCGUACAUGGAGGGGGACACUCACAACAUCGAGAAAAUGGCCAAAGGGACUGACGCCGUGUACAAAUCUGCCCUCACAGAAGCAGCCAAAAGAUUCAGAGAACUUCAAAUUGAAAAGGAAAUGAAACAGCUCCAGGAGGACAAGAAGAACGAUAAGAAGCCACCACCAUAUAAGCUAAUAAAGGUCAACAAGCCGAUCGGUAGAGUCCAGAUCAUCACCGCUGACCUGUCUGAAAUACCGCGCUGUAACUGCAAAGCUUCAGACGAGAAUCCGUGUGGUCCGGACUCGGAGUGUAUAAACCGAAUGCUGUUGUACGAAUGCCACCCUCAGGUCUGUGCAGCCGGAGAAAAGUGCCAAAAUCAGGCUUUUACCAAACGAGAAUACACACACGUGGAGAUAUUCAGGACGCUUUCUCGAGGCUGGGGUCUGCGUGCCAUGUCCGACGUUAAAAAGGGGGCGUUUGUGAGUGAAUACGUCGGGGAGAUGAUAGAUGAAGAAGAGUGUCGGGCGCGGAUCAGACACGCCCAAGAGAACGACAUCUGCAACUUUUACAUGCUAACACUGGACAAGGAUCGUAUCAUCGACGCAGGGCCUAAAGGAAACGAGGCUCGCUUCAUGAACCACAGCUGUCAGCCCAACUGUGAGACUCAGAAGUGGACUGUGAACGGGGACACGCGGGUGGGGCUCUUUGCACUUCAGGAUAUUCCUAAAGGUGUGGAGUUGACUUUUAACUAUAACUUGGAAUGUCUUGGAAAUGGUAAAACUGUCUGUAAAUGUGGAGCUCCAAACUGCAGUGGUUUCUUAGGCGUUCGUCCAAAGAACCAACCGUCAGCUGAAAAACUCAAACUAAAAGAAGGGAAAAAGAGGGCGUACAUGAAGAAGAAGAGGCAGGAAGUGAAGAAGGAGAGAGAAGAUGAAUGCUUCAGCUGCGGUGACGGAGGACAGAUCGUGUCCUGUAAGAAACCAGGCUGCCCCAAAGUUUACCACGCAGACUGCCUCAACCUGGCCAAGAGACCGGCAGGGCGCUGGGAGUGUCCUUGGCAUCAGUGUGACGUCUGUGGUAAAGAAGCCUCCUCAUACUGUGAAAUGUGCCCCAGCUCUUACUGUAAGCAGCACUGUGAAGGGAUGCUCUUCGUCUCCAAACUGGACGGGAAGUUGUCCUGUAGCGAACACGAUCCCUGCGGUCCCGACCCGCUCGAGCCGGGGGAAAUACGCGAAUACACCAGCGCAAACUCUCCGAAACCCAGGUCUACGAAUGCACCGCACAAGUCCUCAGCUGCUCAAAACUUGAAAAAACCUACGUCCUCUACCCCGGUCGUCAAACUGUCUGUCCAAUCCAAACACGAACCUCCGCCUCGGCUCUACAUCAACACAAAAACAGCUACCUCCAGCUUUGUUCCCAGCAGCAAAGCCUACCUCACAGACAGGACGGAGGGACGCUUCAGCUCGUCCCCCUCCAGAGACAAAGAAGACGGAGAGGUGGAAGAUGGAGAGGUGUGUAGUAUUGAAGUGGAGGAGAUUGAGGAUGAUGAUGACGAUGAUGACGACGAUGAUGAUGAGGAUGAAGACGACUCAGACGAGGAGGAGGAGGACAUGGAGAUUGUAGUGGAAGAAGGGGAUGAGCCAGUGUUUGGAAGUGACUUGGAGCAGAGUGAAGGAGCGUGUGAACCUUGGGCCGCUGAGGAUGGGGAAGAUGAUGAUGAUGAUGAUGUUGAUGUUGAGGAGGAUGAAGAAGUGGCACUCUGGGUGUCAGACGAGUGUAGGAAGUAAAGACGGGUGAAAAUGACAAACGUGUACUGUUACAAAUUGUGAAAAAAUGCACUAUUCUUAAAAAAGGAUACCAACAAAAUAUGAAUAAUUACUGUGGACAGCCCUUUAACAGUGAUUAGAACCAACCAUGACACUAAAAAUGAACAGAACAGUUCAAUCCUGUGGCUCUUUGAUAAUAUUAAAAAGGUUUAGAGUCAACAAGUUUACACAUUUUACAUGAAUUAUUCUCAAUUAUAAAUAAAACUUCAUAAAAAACUUGAAAAAGCAUUCAAAUAACCUCAAAGAUUGUCUGUAUUGGAGCAUUAGUAAUUUCUUGUUCCAUCUCUGACAGAGUAAAGUUGAAUAAUAAAAAGAGCUUGAUAUUUGGGUGCUUCAGACUCACUGCCUUCUCAUCCCUGCAGGACUCACUAGGGAUGUGUUCUGGUGCUAAACGUCUCUUUGUACUUGUCUAAACAUGUUUAUUUGUGUUUUGUGCUGUUUACUGCUCUUUCUCGCAAUAUUGUUUACAUUUUUUAGAUUUUUUAAUUGAGUAAAAAGUUGAAAAGUUCAGAUGAAA